AUGGCUGUUGAAAAGGUCGUGUCUGAUUCUCCUGUCAUUGGAGAAAAGAGCGUUAUGGCUGAUGAAAACGCUCCCACGAAAGAAAGCUUCACUGCAACGGGGGAAGAAUAUGAGCAGGAUGAUUUCAUGACGAGGACGGGAUUGAACGCCAAGUCGUUUACGAGGAAGCAUUAUGGACUUGGGCUGGUGGAGUUGGAUCGUAAGAUGAAGCCGAGACAUCUUCAGAUGGUUGCUAUUGGAGGAUCGAUCGGUGCUGGGUUCUUUGUUGGAUCUGGUUCGGCGUUGAGUAAAGGUGGCCCUGCUACGUUGUUUAUCGACUUCUUCCUCGUUGGAGUCAUGGUCUUCAAUGUUGUCUACGCAAUGGGUGAGCUCGCCGUCAUGUAUCCCAUCUCCGGUGGUUUCUACACAUAUGCGGCUCGUUUUAUCGACCCAUCUUUUGGUUUCGCCAUGGCGUGGAACUACACUCUUCAGUGGGCUGCUACACUUCCUCUCGAACUUACAGUCUGCGCUAUUACGAUUGGGUAUUGGUCCCCGGACAUUUCUCCCGGAGUCUGGAUCGCCGUGUUUCUCGCUGCUAUCACCAUCCUCAAUAUGUUUGGCACGCUGGGAUACGCUGAGGAGGAAUUCUGGGCUGCGUGUUUUAAACUCACCUCGAUUUCUAUCUUUAUGAUAAUCGCGCUGGUGUUGGUUUGUGGUGGGGGUCCGUCGAGUGGAAGCUAUGAUACGUAUCAGGGCUUUAAGCUAUGGCAUGAUCCUGGGGCUUUCAAGAAUGGAUUCAAGGGAUUUUGCUCUGUUUUCGUAACGGCGGCGUUCUCGUUUGCUGGUUCGGAACUCGUGGGUUUGGCAGCGGCUGAGUCUCGAAAUCCUACUGCUUCUGUCCCUGCGGCUAUCAAGCAGGUCUUUUGGAGAAUCUGUUUGUUUUACAUCGUUGCUCUGCUCUUCGUUGGAUUGUUGAUCAGCUGCAAUGAUCCGAAUCUUCUCAGCGCGAGUUCUUACUCCAACAGCGCAGCUUCACCAUUCGUUCUUGUUGGAAAGUAUUCUGGUCUCAAGGGUCUCGAUCACUACAUGAACGCCGUUAUCCUCUCAUCAGUUCUAUCCCUCGGCAUCGCCUCCGUGUACGGCGGAUCUCGCACACUUCUGGCGCUUGCACAGCAGGGUUUUGCCCCAAAGAUCUUUACCUGGGUUGAUCGAGCGGGUCGACCUUUACCGUCUGUUGGAUUCAUCAUUGCGUUUGGAUGUCUUGCGUUUUUGAACCUUGAUGCAGCUGGUCCUGUUAUUUUCGACUGGCUUUUGGCUUUGUCGGGACUAGCUAUGCUUGUUUGCUGGGGAUCGAUCUGUCUUGCGCAUAUUCGAUUCAGAGCGGCGUGGAAGUAUAACGGACAUACACUCGACGAAAUCCCAUUCAAGGCUAUUGGUGGCGUUUGGGGGUCAUGGUUAGGCUUGAUCUUUGUUGUUGUCAUUCUCAUUGCUCAGUUCUACGUGGCCAUCGUCGCCCCUGUUGGCGAGUCGGGAAUGGGUACUGUUGAAGACUUUUUUAUGCAGUAUCUUGGACUCCCCAUUGUGCUGGCUUUCUGGGCUGGAGGAUAUCUCUGGAAGAGGACACGUUGGAUCAGCAUUGAGAAGAUUGAUAUUGAUACGGGACGACGUGAACAUGAUUGGGAGGCUAUCAAUGCUUGGAGGACAGAGCUCGCUACGUUUCCCUGGUGGAAGCGAUUGAGCUACCACAAUCUCGCCGAGUGUCGGAAGAAAGCUAGCAUGGAGACCGAUAUGAGCAACGCAGGCCCAUGGUCACAAGCUGACUUGCCCUGGGACUUUCUUAUCGACACCUUUCCCUUCCUUACCAACCAAGCCUACCACGCACUAUCCGUCCAGCUAGACUUCUUCCGUACCAUGAGCACUAUGAACUUCCCUAUUCCUCAGGAUGCGAACGGAAAGAAAAAGUUAACAGCAAUCCUCGAUAAAGCUAGUCUUGUCAACGACCUCGUGUCAAGCUUGACUCACAGCUCUGAACUUCUCAUCGAGCUAAAGGAAAUGGAAUAUGACGAGGUCAUCAAUGCGAGGAGAAGUGAAGUCAGCAGUAUGAUUGAUGAGGCUAGCGAUAAUAUUCAAAAGGUGAUUGCGAUACAGACGAAGGAAGUUGAGAGAGGCUUGGGGCAGCAAGGUUCAGAGGUUCAAGAACAACAGAGACGUGCAGAACAGGAGAGACUUUUCCAACGAGGGAUCAGUGGAGUGCCACAUGUGCAGCCCGCAGUUCUUCAGCAGAGUCACGCGCCGCAACAAAACAUCUUAUCAGAGCAGAUUCCAGGGCUUCACCAUGCGUCUGUAUCACCAGCCGGACGUCAGGGAUACAAUCCAGUACCACUAAACAACCCAGUUCCAGUACACCCUCAGGCCCCAACACACCCUCAGCCUCCGACACAUAUUCAGGCUCCAGGGUAUGGUCAACUUCCGACACAUCCCCUCCCCCAACCAGUCCCCAUACAAAGACAAGAUAGCGUAUACACCGAAACAAGCACCACAAGCUCUGAUGACUCUGAGAUUCGACGAAUGCUGGCUAGAGAGCUGAAAAAGCAAAAGAAAAAAGACAGAGCGGCCAAGAGAAUGGCAAAAAUGAGGAGAGAACGAGAUAGGGGCGACUUUUGUAAACGCUGUGGACGCUGUUGA